UAUUGGGUUCAAUACAAAGGCAUCUUACAGGGCGGGUCCACACCGCACCAAAGCGAAAGAGGUAAUCAAAACUCUAAAACCAUCUCCCCUUAACGCCUCGCUCCGACCAAAAGAUUCCUGCCGGAAUGGCCUCCAACCUUCACCACCACCACCACUGCAUCUGCCACUCCUCCUCCGCCGCCCCCACGGCGUGCUAUUACUGCUCCAUCCCCAUACCCCACCACCCUCCCCCACCAAACCUACAUUCUCCACCACCUUGCUUCAACAACCCACAUCACCAUCCCCACUUCUUUGAUCCCUCCCCAAAUCCACCCUACAACACCCAAUGUCUCAAUCAAACCGGAAAAUCUUACGUUCAAGAGCUCCACCACCAACGGGUGGACCCCCAGCCCGUUUUCUCCUCCCUUCUACGCCGCAUCGCCACUCUGGAAUCUUCUCUCCGCCGCCGCCGCCGCUCCGUUUCUUCUCACUCCCUCCGCGACACGGCUGCUCGUACCAUCCAGACCCACUUCCGAGCCUUCCUCGUCCGCAGAUCAAGAACCCUUCGCCACCUCAAGGAGCUCGCUUCCAUCAAAUCCGCCCUCAACACUCUCAAAUCCUCAGCUCCCAAUAUCGAUCCCCAAGCCGUCUCUCACAAAGCCAAGAACUUGCUUCUUCAACUCGGUGCCAUCCAGGACAGUGACCCAAUGAUCAGAGAUGGUAAAAACUCGAUUACCCGAGAAUUAGUUAAGUUAAUUGAGUUAAUUGAUGUGGAAAGUUACAGUCUUUCAAGUAGAAUAGUGAAGAAUGGUUGUGCUAAGAGCAAAUCUAGGGUUCAUGUGCUUCAGGAAAUGGAAAGAAUGGAGAGUAUUAUCAAUAAGUAUCUUGAGCUGAGGAAAUCUGUGGAAGAAGAAGAAGAAGAAGAAGAAGAGGAUGAUGAGGAAUUUGAAAGCCCUAGAGUUUCAGUAGUUAAGAAGAAGUCUGGGGUUCUGAGAAAGGGUGGUUUGGGUAAAAUGAAUUGUGGGGUUAACUCCAAAGUAAACAAAGGUGUGAGCUUUGCUGAGGAUGGUGAUAUUUUUAGGUAUCCUCGAGUGAACCUCAAACCGGUUUCAGACAGGGAAGCUGAUGGGGUCGAUGGGGAUGGGGAAGUAUUAGUCGAUGGCAAUGAAGAGCUUAUAGAAAAUCUUUGCAGGCGAGUUGAGGAUCUUGGUGUCUCGUUGAAAGACGUUGAGGUUGAUGAGGAAGCUCAGUUGGAGGAUGGUGGAGGGUCGCGGGGGAGCAGUGAUGCUGAAACUGAGCCAAAUUACCGUUCCAGAAAAGAAGGCAAGUUUGGCAUUAGGCUCGAUCAGGGUGAUAAUGGAACUUUCGUCUUCUCUGCACCUUUGCCAGCGAAGAUGGAAGGAAGGGCUGGUUUUGCCAACAGGCAUAAGACUGUAAGAUUUGCAGAUUAAACACUCCACCCUGCACCACAUUGGGUAAGAUUUUGCUUAAUUGGCCAUUGGGUCCGCGUUUCUUCGUUGUUUUCUACUAAUCUUGUUAUGUCUGGAUGAAACAGGAGUUCUCCAUUGCCAAUAAUUAGUCUGUGAUAGAGGUAGAUGUCCUAGGAAGAGAUUAAAUUUGUCAUGAAACCUUGUUUCUUUCUUUCUUUCUUUCUUUGUUGUGGUUUGUUGUUGGUGUGUGGGAUUUUUGAGAAUGUAUGUGAAACUCCUGCUCAAUCCAAUGUGUAGUCUGCAUUUUAUUGAUAAUCAAAGAGAUUUUCUUCAUCUA